UUCUUUUUCAUUUCUUAAUUCAUUACAGAGAAUAGGAUCCUUCUCUUUCUUCCUCCCCUCUCUCUCUAUUUCUAUUAAUUAUCUAUGCAUACAAUGUUCUAAGAGUCCAGUCGAAGCAAAUCCUUCUCUAUCUGUUGAGCAAUUCACUUGAGCAAAUGGAUUGUGACAAAGGUUUCUCGAGCAGUUACAUGAUCUUGAAGCCUGAAGAAGUAAAGCUAUUGGAUCUCAUUCACAUCUUGUUUUCCAGUAACAUAGAGAACACAAAAUUCGUCGACAGUCCUGCCAAGAGGGAGAGUUUCGAGCGUCGAUGGCUUAUAUUUAUCUCCAUUGUUGUUCAGAAGAUUCUGCAAUUCUCUUCCAAGCCAUUGUCAUUUCUUGGCUCGCUGGUGGAGAUGUGGCUCAACCUUUUGUCGAGCAAUGGGAACUUUUUUAAACUCCUUUACAAUUUCUUAAGAGGGAAGGUGGUGAUUCCUGACAGAACAUCAGCAACUUUCAUUUCUUUCAUUGGAAAUUUCGACAAGCGAGUUGAGUUGGACAAAGACAUCAAACGUGGAGAUGCAAGAUACCAUGCAGCUCUCUCUAUGAUGGCUUCUAAAGCUUCCUAUGAGAACGAGGCAUACCUUCGAACUAUAGUCCACAACCACUGGGAGAUGGAAUUCUUGGGAUUUUAUGAUUACUGGAACGAUUACCAAGAAAAAGCCACAACCCAAGCCUUCAUAUUUCGGGACAAAACAGCGGACCAGGACACAGUUGUUGUAGCCUUUAGAGGAACUGAACCAUUCGACGCAGAUGCUUGGUGUUCUGACUUCGAUAUCUCCUGGUAUGAACUUGAAAACAUAGGAAGUAUUCAUGGUGGUUUCAUGAAAGCUCUAGGGUUACAGAAGAGCAUCGGCUGGCCUCGGGAAAUUAUCACUGAUAAAAAAUACACUACACGUAAGACUCCCUUAGCAUACUACGCCAUUAAAGAAACGUUGAGAGAAAUAUUCUCCAAGAACGAUGGAGCAAAGUAUAUAGUAACUGGACACAGUUUAGGUGGGGCACUAGCAAUUCUAUUUCCAGCAAUUUUGGCAUAUCAUGAUGAGAAGAUGUUGCUGGAGAGAUUGGAAGGUGUUUAUACAUUUGGGCAGCCUAGGGUUGGAGAUGAAAGAUUUGGAGAGUACAUGGAAAAUAAGUUAAAAGAGAAUGGUAUCUCUUACUACAGAUUUGUUUACAGUAAUGACAUCGUUCCUAGGUUGCCGUAUGAUGAUUCUGCACUCAUGUUCAAGCAUUUUGGGACUUGCAUUUACUAUAACAGACACUAUCAAGCAAAGGUUGUUGCAGAGGAACCAAAUAAGAAUUAUUUCUCACCGUUACGAGCAAUACCCAUGAUGAUAAAUGCAUUUAUGGAGUUAAUAAGAAGCUUUACAAUUUUAUACACAGAGGGAGCAGAGUAUAGAGAAUGUUGGUUCAUGCGAGUGUUUAGGUUAAUUGGGUUGGCAAUCCCUGGCAUCCCACCUCAUUGUCCUCAAGAUUAUGUUAAUGCUACUCGUUUGGGACCUGCUAACCUAUUUCUUCAACCACAUCAUUUUCAUCAACAACCAUAAAGAAAAAUGCUUUUGCAUGAAAUUUGCAGCCUUAGCUCAGAAAGUUCAGAAUUUGAUCUGUUAAUCAUCGAAUUUUAUAAUUGGUAAUUUCUUGCAUUCGUUGAGA